AUGUUCCACAAAGAAAAACCGGUUGUUCCCGUGACGGACGACUAUGCAAUGUACGCGACGCCUUCUGCCAUGGAUGUGCAUCAACCUGGUGAGACAGACAUUGUCCGUCGAUCCCCUGAUUCUAUUGAUCGACCGUCAAUGCCCUCGGACACGGACGGAAACUUUCAAGACAAUGUGAUUACGGUACAUGGCUACAUGCAUAAACAAGGGAAGCGUGCUAUCAAAGGUCCCAUGCACAAGAGCUGGAAGCGCCGAUACUUUGCAUUGGAAAAGGCCAAGAUUUACUACUUUCAUUCGCAUUUGGAAUGCCGGCAGUACUUUACCACACGUAAUACGGACCUCGUGGUUGGUGCCAUUGAGCUCAAGGACGCACUACAGUUGCGUCCCUGCGCUCGACUUGAUUUACCCCAUCGGGGUUUUGAAGUCACGACAAAGCGCCGUGUCUGGGUGCUCUGUCCUGAGACGGAAGAAGAGUACCGACUUUGGUUCAAUGGUGUCGAGGAGGCCAUUGUGUCUUGUGGCUCGGGCAACAUUAUUGAGCGAAAGCUUCCGAACGUCCGAAAGUAUUAUAUGAAGGGCAUCAUGACUUACCGCAUCCUCUACUUUCUCUUUUUGCUCCUGAGUGUGAUCGAGAUCUUUGGUUUGAUCUUUUGGUUCGUCGUGGGUACUCAGCCUUGCGACUCUGGCAAUCGAACGCUGGCUUGUGAAGAAGUGUAUAACAACACUCCUGAUGAGCUCAACUGCCUUGCUGACCCCAUGAGCGGUUGGUAUACGCCGCCCGAUUGGUAUAUGACAUUGGCCGGUAUCGACGACGUCGCAUGCUUCCACAACCCGCCAAUUGCUCAGUGGGUGUCGUUCUUUGCCCUGAUCGUCGCGGAGCUGGUGUCUAUUGUGCUUGGUGCACUAUAUUACCUCGGUAUGUGGAAGCCUGUGCGUCGUGGUGCUCACUACUUUGACGAAUUCGACCCUAAGGUGCCUGACGAUUUGUGGCCGAAGAUUGAUGUUCUGUUGUGUCAUUUUUCUGAACCGGCUGAAGAAACGAUUGACACGCUGAUGGCCUGCAUGAAUCUGCAAUACCCGCCGCACCUUUUGCAAAUUUAUGUACUAGAUGACGGUUACUGUAGCUCCAAGUGGACAAAGGGUAACCCUGUUCCAGCUAUCGAGCUUAAUAAGGUGAUCCUUGAAAAGUCCGGUGAUCUUCGCCAGGAAGUUGCUCAGUUUAUGUACGACCGCGUGUGUGACCCUAACGAGGAUAUAGAGGUGUACGCGUGGCGUAAACUUCACUCAUCAGCCAACCUUCCUUCAGCAUCUCGUCCAAAGGUUGUGAACCGAGCGGACUGUGCUGUUGGUUCAUUCCGUGACGACUACCGCUACCCCGGCCUGCCGCACGUGACGUUUGUUGGUCGUGUAAAGUCGGAGACACACUACUCCAAGGCAGGCAACAUUAACAAUUGCCUGUACAACGAGGGUGCCAACGGUCGCUACAUGCUGCUUCUAGACUCGGACAUGCAGCCUCACCCGAAGUUUAUUCUGGCUACGUUGCCGUUCUUUUUCGAUGAUGAAGACCGUCAGUACAAGAACAAGUACUCUUGCUCGUGCAUGGGCUGCCAAAAUGUGGCAAAGAUGUGCUGUGCUUCGUGCAAAAUUGCUGGUGUUCCGGAGGAGCGCAUUAGCUACUGCUCCAAGGAGUGCUUUGAGAAUGCAAUGCACGUGCAAAGCGAUCUGCAUCGUCGCCAAGUGAACGGUACUUUGAGUGAUACUCGUGCCACGAAAAAGGAACUGCGCUGCAUGAACUGUGACUCGAAACUGGGCAAGAGCGGUGUGUGCCGCAAAUGCAAUACAAACAACAACAAUGGCGAUGCGAACAUGUCCAUUUUGCACACGUACUCGGACGACGUGCGUGACAACGCUGUUGGUUUCGUGCAGACUCCGCAGUACUUUCGUGACUGUGUGCAGCUGCAGAUCGGUGACCCGCUUGGCCACCGUAAUGCUGCGUUCUACGAUGCAAUCCAGACGGGCCAGGAUGGGUACGACUGUGCGUCCUUUGCUGGUACCAAUGCUUUGGUGCGUCGUGAAGCGUUGGAUUCGAUUGGUGGCAUUCAGUACGGCACGCUGACAGAGGACUGCUACACUGGCGAGCGUCUUGUGUCAAUGGGCUGGAAAGCGCUGUAUUUCAGAAAGGAUUUCGAAGGGGAAGCUCAUGAGCGUAUUCGUUUGGCGGAAGGAGCCAUUCCUGAUUCAGUUGCUGGAGCUAUGGCACAGCGCAAGCGUUGGGCCAAGGGCAACUUCCAGACCGCUUUGAUGAAAAAGAACAAGAACGUUGCCGAUCCGGAGUGGAAGCGUCCGCACGUGGAUAUUCCAAAGUAUCGCAAACCGAACAAGUUCAUGCGUCAUGUGUUCUACCUCAACUCGACAUUGUACCCGAUCGACUCGAUCCCGGUAAUCCUAGUGUACUACGUCACGCUGUUCUUCCUGUACACGGGCUAUGCUCCGAUUUUCGUGAACGGCUUACGCGUGCUUGUGGCUCUGGUGCCCAAACUCAUUGUACAAGGUCUGCUGUCAGCGAUGAGUACGCGCGGUGUUGAAAACAACGAUGUUGUGCGAUCGCAAGAGACGAGGUUUGUGUACGCAUUUACCAACUUCACCGCAAUGCUUGGCGCCAUCGUAUGGAAGUUUACUGGUCGCAAGUCGAAGUGGCUCAACAAGCAUGAUGCUACGCGCGGAUCGCUGGCUGAGCUGCCGAACGUGCUGGUGUUCUCCGGUGCCGUCUUUGGUAUUAUCUGGGCCAUUGUGCGCUACAUCGUUGUAUACUACAACCGCGUGUACUCGCACGGCGACUCGAUGCUAUGCGCUGCUGUUUUUAUGGGUUUCUACAUCGCGUAUAACCUGGGUCCUACCGUUCGAAUGAGCAUUCAGGAGUACUUUGGUUGGAGCUAUCAGAGUUUGAUGGACCAGGGUAACUUUAUGGGCUCAGUCUCGAUUGCUGUAGGCCUCAUGUUCAUUGCGCUAUGGGUUCACGUGGAAAAGCCUGUUAAUGGCUAG